CGAGAAAUAUUUUGGACCCUCACCACCAGUAUCUAUGAUCGGGUUGGCACUUGUUGCUGCGCUUAGAGGCUAGUGAAUAACCGCGCGGUGAUAGGAGAUACGUGAAUCUUUUCAAACAUGAAAUAUUACGAAAUGUUAUCUCGGGUCAUAUAUUAUAGUUUAUUACCGUUACUCGACAGUGCUAUUACUCGAGUACGUGCAGUAGUCGAUGGAUGUAUUCACGUGAUUGUUAAAACGAUCAUACCACACUCAAUUCUAGCCAAUUUGUACGUUGACUGGAGAUAGUCGUUUCGAUUGUAGCGUUCUUUAAAUUUCCAUGGAUAUUAAUUACUUUAUUGGGGUGGAUGUUGGCACUGGAAGCGCUCGGGCAAGCGUUGUGUCUUCCCAAGGAAAGUUGGUUGCCCUUUCAAGCUGUUCCAUCAAAACAUUCAAUCCACAAUCAAACUACUACGAACAAUCCUCAGAUGAUAUAUGGUCGGCAGUGUGCAACGUCAUUAAGAAAGUUGCUCACGUUAUACCUCGGCAAAAGAUAAAAGGCAUUGGUUUUGAUGCGACUUGUUCAUUAGUAGCCCUCGACGAUCAGGGAAACCCGGUGACUGUCAGCCCAACUGCUAAUGACCAACAUAAUGUUAUUCUUUGGAUGGAUCAUAGAGCUGAACUAGAAGCAAAUUUCAUAAAUGAUACCAAGGAUGAGAUUCUGCGCUAUGUUGGGGGAAAGAUAUCCCUUGAAAUGGAAACACCAAAAAUGCUAUGGAUCAAGCAGAAUUUACCAGAUUCUUGGUAUCGAGCCAAGCUACUCUUCGAUUUACCUGAUUUCCUGACUUGGCGAGCGACCGGAUCAGAAUCCAGAUCCUUCUGCUCCGUCGUUUGCAAAUGGAAUUACAGAGCUGCAACGGAUGGCUAUGUUGGUUGGAGUGAGAAGUUCUUCAAUAAAAUUGGAUUGUCUGAUCUGAGCGAAGACAACUGGAGAAAAAUCGGCAGUCAAGUGAAGACUCCCGGAGAUCCGGUAGGGUCAGGAUUAUCGGAAAAAGCCGCACUUGAAAUGGGACUACAAAAAGGGACCCCUGUCGCAACUUCGAUUAUCGACGCUUAUGCAGGGUGCCUUGGAAUGAUUGGCUGCACGGCUCCGGGUGUGAAUAAGAAUUUCUCGACAAGACUGAGCCUAAUCUGCGGGACAUCGACAUGCCAUAUGACGAUCAGUGACAAAGAGCUAACCGUAAACGGUAUCUGGGGACCGUAUUACAACGCAAUGAUUCCGGGUUAUUGGAUCAAUGAAGGGGGUCAAAGUGCGACGGGCAAAUUAUUAGACCACAUAAUUAAUUCACACCCUGUUACUGCCUCGGUUAUUGAAAAGCUGAACGGACGUGUCCACAUCCAACAAUACUUAUCGGAACUCCUGCAAUCUAUAGCGUCAAAGAACUCGCUGCAGGAUGUUGCUUUUCUGACGACUGACUUGCACGUUUGGCCGGAUUUCCAUGGGAAUCGUUCACCGUUAGCCGAGGUCGAACUUCGUGGAAUGAUAUCCGGCUUAUCGUUGUCGGCCACAGAAGAGGAUCUUGCUAUUCUUUACCUCGCCGUCGUACAGGCGUUGGCGUACGGAACAAAGCAUAUAAUAGAGGCUCUCAAAUCAUCGGGUCAUAAUAUAGAAACAGUCUUAGUAUGCGGAGGUCUCAGUCAGAAUCCCCUUUUCAUUCAAACGCACGCCGAUGUGCUCGGUCUACCUGUGUUGGUUCCUACCGAACGAGAGUCAGUUCUGGUGGGCGCUGCUAUAUUGGGUUCUUGCGCCGCAGGUGCUUUUCCAUCCAUUCACGAUGCAAUCCAAGCAAUGGGAGGGGCGGCACAUGUUGUAGCCCCUAACAAUAUCUCGAAACGAUAUCACGAAGGGAAAUAUACAGUAUUUAAGAGCAUGGUCCAAGAUCAGAAGCGCUAUUCGAGCAUUAUGCGCCAAGUGGCUGAUCUCUGAUCUCUCGCACAUCCAACUUCCCGUUUGAUAAAUAUUUACUUGAACAACUCAAUGUGACGAAACUAAACAUAGCCAAUAAUAUCUACGUACAAGUACGAGUAAAUAUCUGUAUUUUUUAUUUCGUUGAAAAUGUAUGAAUAAAAUCCAUGAACAGCAAAA